CGGCCCCGCCGCCGGCGACGAGGGCGGCCCGGCGGAGGGGGAGGGCGAUGUCGGGAGGUUCCUCGCGGCCGUGGAGCGGAUGGGCCUCCCCGGCUUCGCCGCCUCCGACCUCCACACGGGCCCAGUAUCAUCUAUUGUUGCCUGUCUCCUUGCACUAAGGGAUUAUUUUGUAUCCCAUGAUGUGGAGGGCUUAAGCUGUAGCAUUCCAGAAAAAGGCAUGAGGAACAUCAUAGAGUUUCCCAGAAGGGAGAACGAUCUCAGCACACAAGAAGGCCAAAAUAUCCCCAAAAGUCCGGCUAUGUCAGAACCAUCAUCUCCUUUAUCGCAGGCUACAUUAUCUUCAAUAUCACGCCAUGCUGGGCACAAUUUUCAUGAUGUCUUCCAACUCAGACAAGGAUGUUAUUUUGAUCUGCCCAGUUCAAAAAUUUCUGAGAUGAUGAAAUCCACCAGCUUGGAUCAUGCCCCUACUCAAUCACUUUUGACUGUUGUGAAUACAAUCCUUGAUGGGCUUAUUGAGAGGAAGAAUGGAGAAAUUUCUUAUCAUGUCGCUUGCUUGUUGAGAAAGAUCAUACUAGAGAUUGAGCGGCGUAUUUCUACUCAGGCAGAGCAUAUAAGAAAUCAAAAUAACCUUAUGAAAGCACGCGAAGAGAAAUAUAAAUCAAGGAUAACAGUGCUAGAGGCACUAGCAAGUGGGACAGGUAGACAAACACAUGUAAAGUCAUGUGCAGAAAAUGGAAAAGCACAUGUCUCUGCAGAUCAUCAUAUGAAUGAAAAAGAAGAAAGUAAAGACACAAUUAUGAAAUUAAAUCAAGAACUAGAAGCACUGAAAUCAUCAUAUGAAGAGACCAAUAUCAUGUUAGAAUCUAAGAAGAAAGAGGUACUUCAGCUUUUGAUGGACAAGGAGAACAUUGACUAUACAGUAUCGCAACUCAAGCAAGAUCUUGCAAUAGAAAGAUCACAUCAGACACAUAUUCAAGAAAUGGAGACUAGGGCUUUGCAGGCACACAAGAAACUAGAAAAAAAGAUAAUGGAAAUGGAACACAGGCUAGAAGAUUCUAAAAGUAGAACUAGAGAUAUUGAGGAAUUGUUAGAAUCAAGAAGACAAGCAUGGGAGCAAAAGGAAAUUGCACUGAAUCAAUUUGUAGGUUUUCAAACACAGAACAUUCAGGAUUUGAGGUUGUCUUCUGUUUCCAUCAGGCAUGAAAUCCUACACUGCCAGCAAAAAUGGUCUGAAGAACUUUAUGACCUAGGACGAAGCCUUAAGGUAUUGACGAAUGCUGCAGAAAAUUAUCAUGCUACUCUCGAAGAAAAUCGAAAAUUAUUCAAUGAGGUUCAAGAGUUAAAAGGAAAUAUCAGAGUCCAUUGUCGGAUAAGACCUUUUCUCCCUGGAGAAGAUCAGACAUCUACUACAAUUGAAUAUGGUAGCGAUAAUGGCGAACUAAUUUUAGAAAAUCCUGGAAAACAAGGAAAGGAAGGAAAAAAACUUUUCAAAUUCAACAAAGUUCUUGGCCCCUCUGCUAGUCAAGACGAGGUAUUCAAGGACAUUCAACCACUAAUUAGAUCAGUUCUUGAUGGCUAUAAUGUUUGUAUUUUUGCGUAUGGUCAAACUGGAUCAGGAAAAACCUACACAAUGACUGGACCUGAAAAUGCAACCGAGAUGGAUUGGGGUGUCAAUUACAGAGCUCUGAAUGACCUAUUCCAUAUCUCACUGAGUAGAAGAGACACAAUCAUGUAUGAAGUUAGUGUUCAGAUGAUUGAAAUAUACAAUGAACAAAUCCACGAUCUCCUCAGCACCAGUGGGUCAAAGAAACUUGGGAUUUUGAAUGCCAGCCAACCGAAUGGGUUUGCUGUCCCUGAUGCAACAAAGCAUCUUGUCAACUCAAGUUCUGAUGUUAUUGAAUUAAUGGGUAUAGGACUUAAGAACAGAUCUAUAGGUGCGACAGCAUUGAAUGAAAGAAGCAGUAGAUCUCACAGCAUAGUUACUAUACACAUUCAAGGUGUUGAUUUGAAAACCGGAGCUACUUUGCGUGGUGCACUACAUCUCGUUGAUCUUGCUGGAAGUGAGAGGGUGGAUCGCUCUGCUGCUACAGGAGAUAGACUAAAAGAAGCACAACACAUCAACAAAUCUUUGUCUGCUCUCGGAGAUGUCAUAUUUUCUUUAUCACAGAAGAAUGCUCAUGUACCAUACCGAAACAGCAAGCUUACACAAGUUCUGCAAAAUUCUUUGGGUGGGCAUGCAAAGACGCUGAUGUUCGUGCAGAUAAAUCCAGAUGUAUCUUCUUAUGCAGAGACUUUAAGUACUUUGAAGUUUGCUGAAAGAGUGUCUGGAGUGGAGUUAGGUGUUGCAAAGUCCAAUAAAGAGGGUAAAGAAAUUAGAGAAUUCAGGGAGCAGCUCUCACUGCUUAAAGAUAAAAUUGCAAAGAAGGAUGAACAAAUCAACCGGCUGCAACUACAGAGUCAUUCUCCAAGGGAAAGGAUAGAAAAACGUGCUGAUUCCUUCCUAAAACAUUCGUCAUCUUCCCCAGGCAUAUCAUCACUAGGAAGCAAAAUCCAACAUCGAAGAACAGCAUCUGGUGGAAAGAUAAAGAUCAUUGGCAGUAGAGCAGGUUCUGAUGUUGACAACUUCUCUGACAUCAGUGACAGACAUUCUGAAGCUGAUUCUAUGCAAUCUGUUGAUGAUAUCCAACAGUCAAGGGAGAUUAUGCGCCUUUCUAAGCUCUCUAUGGGUGAGAUAGGACAUAAUUCUGUUGACCCUGAGCUUCCUUGCUUUGGCUAUGCUGAUUCAGAGGGGAUGCUAAGCGACAUAUCAGACAGUGGUCUUUCCAUGAGUGCAGAAACUGAUUGUUCUAUGAGCAGUGUGGUUGAGCUCACACUCUUACCAGAGCAGGAGAGAAUAUCUGACACUCAGAAAGAGCAACACAUGGCACCAAGCACUCCGAAAGAUCGGUUGCAUAGGGUGGCCACUCGAGCGCAGAGGACAACUACACCAAGAUCACCACAAUCGCCUACCUUGUGGCCUAAACUAAGAGAUCCGCCACCUCCUAGAUCUCCAGUGUCCACAAGCACAGGAAAAAUCAGAGUAACACAGGCAACAUCUUCAUCGAGAAAUUCCAGUACUCAAAAAAGGUGGACAUAGAAGCCGUGCAUCCUUGAUGAAUAUCUUGCAACAUUGGUAUUACCUUUUGUACAGUACAUCUAGAAAGCAUUUCUUUUGUUCUUUAAUACGGACUAGACAUUAUUUAUUCUGCACUCUGGUUUUCUUUCCCAGCUGGAACUGCAAAACCAGUUGGAACAGAUUAUUUCCUUUUCUGUAAGGUGUAAAUGCUCUAGUACAUAUGAUACCUUUACAAUGCGAUAACCUUUGAUGUGUUGAUUAUAAGCAAUGAAAACAGAGUGAGCUUAAGACA